AUGCCUAGAGUUACUGUAAAAGACCAGCAGGGGUUCGUCAGAGCUCUGGCAGCCUUCCUCAAACAGUCUGGGAAGCUCAAAGUCCCCGAAUGGAUGGACACAGUCCAGUUGGCCAAACCUAAAGAACUUACCCCAUAUGGUGAGAACUGGUACGGGGGUUGGUUCUAUGACCAAGAUUUACGGAGGGCAGCAGAGAAACGGGUGUCAGGCCCAGCUACUUCAGCAGAGGCUACUUCUGAGGGUGUGGCCUGUCGGGUCCUCCAAGCCCUGGAGGGACUGAAAAUGGUGGAAAAGGGCCGAAAUCUCAGGGACAGAGAGAUCUGUACAGGAUGGCUGGAUAGAUGGCAGCUACUAACAUGA